UGGAAACUCCCUGCUCGGCGUAGGAAGAGCCAUACAAUACUGUUGAACUGCAAGUGGAAGGUGAUAAAAGUUGAUGACGAGGGGGAAUCUGGCUGGACAAGACGUCCAGUUAAGACAAGACAUCCAGUUAGGACAGGACAAGACAUCCAGUUAGGACAGGACAUCCAGUUAGGACAGGACAUCCAGUUAGGACAGGACAUUCAGUUAGGACAGGACAUCCAGUUAGGACAAGACUUCCAGUAAGGACAGGACAAGACAUCCAGUUAGGAGAGGACAUCCAGUUAGGACAGGACAUCCAGUUAGGACAGGACAUCCAGUUAGGAUAGGACAUCCAGUUAGGACAGGACAUCCAGUUAGGGCAGGACAUCCAGUUUGGACAGGACAUCCAGUUUGGACAGGACAUCCAGUUAGGACAGGACAUCCAGUUAGGACAAGACAUCCAGUAAGGACAGGACAAGACAUCCAUUUAGGACAGGACAAGACAUCCAGUUAGGACAGGACAAGACAUCCAGUUAGGACAGGACAUCCAGUUAGGACAGGACAUCCAGUUAGGAUAGGACAUAAAGUUAGGACAGGACAUCCAGUUAGGACAGGACAUCCAGUUAGGACAGGACAUCCAGUUUGGACAGGACAUCCAGUUAGGACAGGACAUCCAGUUAGGACAAGACAUUCAGUUAGGACAGGACAAGACAUCCAGUUAGGACAGGACAAGACAUCCAGUAAGGACAGGACAAGACAUCCAAUAAGGACAGGACCAUCAUGGAUUCGGCGGAUGCGCUCAACAUUCUGAUCAAGUUCAUCAAAGGAGAUCCUCAGGGACAGAAUAAAACCGAAGUUGAACCCGAGACAUGCAACGACCCGCUGAUAGAGGAAACGUUGUUUUACCAGCUCUGCCUUAUCCCCUCCGUUGUCAUUGUUUUGAUCCUGUGUUGUACUCAGAAAAGACGCAAUCUGGUUCUGCACGUGCUGAAAGGAAGGCCCGGGCUGGUCUACCCCAUGGACCUGACUCGGAGAUCCCACCGUAUCUCUUACGCAUGCGCCUUCGGGUCUACAGUCUACUUGAUAGUAGCAGGCAUCUUCUCCAACUUCCGGGCAUUUCAUUUUGACGGCCCGCUUGUUUUGAAUACCGUCAUCCUGCUCAUAUCUGUGCUCAUCUUCGGUAUCGUGUACUUGCCCGUGUUCCUGUGCCUCACCCUUGGCUCUAUCUACGGGUUCGUCCUGGGCGCCGCCUAUACGUGGAUGCUCACGGCAGUUCAGCUGAUCAGAAUGUCUCAGUGUGACUAUGACAAG